UCGUCAUUAGCCGCAUCAAUGGAGAGUUAGGGUUGUCGCCGUAUAAAUUUCGGGAUGGCGAGGGAGAGGUUCCGCCGCCGACACCAAACUCGAAUCCGUACGAAUCGACGACAUCUACCGAAAAUGCCUAAACAAAUACAUGAGAUCAAAGACUUCCUUCUCACAGCGAGAAGAAAGGAUGCUCGUUCCAUCAAGAUCAAGAGGAGCAAAGAUGUUGUUAAGUUCAAAGUCCGAUGUUCGAAAUACCUCUACACGCUCUGCGUCUUCGACUCUGAAAAGGCUGAUAAGUUGAAGCAAUCACUUCCUCCAGGUCUCAGUGUCCAAGAUCUGUGAGGAUUGGAGGAGAUAGCUCUUUAGACUGGGUUCUUUGUAGUGAAAUCUUUAAAAUGCUCUGGUUGUUGGAGGUGAUUACCUAUUUUAAAACAAUGUGAGGAACUUGUGUUAUGCAGAGAAGUUUUGUUAAUUGUUGCUUUGGUGUUGCUAGGCCUUUGUUUCCCCAACUUAUCCAUGUCAAUUUACCUGUCUCCAGUCUCAUGUUCUAUGAUCUUGCCGGGCAAGUUUGGUGAUAGUUUGCUUAUUCCAAUUUCUCUCUCACUCCAGUUAAAAGCUUUGUAUUUUUUUUGCUACCAUCACAUCUGUGAUUGUACAAGUGUAUCUCCCAAGUUCAACGCCAAAAUAUGUAGUAUCUUAACUCUGUAUCUUA